AUGAAAUCCAAUCGUGCGUUAACCGUUGUUGCGGUUAUUGUGGUCUGCUUGCUGUCUUUGACCACAAGCCUUGUGUUAUCUGCAAGAACCAAAUCGCUCAGUAGAAAUACAUCCAAAGUUUGUUUGCGUUACACUUCUUCGGAUACCAUUGCUUCGUUGGGAGGAACUUUUUUAGGAUUUACAAUUCGACCAUUGCCAAAGAUUUGUCCGGGACCUACUGGAACAUGUGAUCUUUAUAUUACUCCAGUGAGUUGUUUGGGUUGGAAUGGUCCUUUGGGUGGCUAUGGACCAUUGGCAAGUUUAGGUCCAUUGAGCCAUGAAAUUCCAUCUCCAAACAAUUCAUGGGAAAUUCUUCGUAAAUUUGUGCAACAGUUAUUGGGAUCUGACAAUUCAGAUGCUAUUCGUUUCUUUAUGAUUAAUAAUGUUCAAAAUCCACUUUCUGCUGCAGGUCCUCUUGGAGAUUCUUAUUUCACAGUCAUGCCAACGAUUAAUGAUUUUACCAAACACAUGCAAGGUUUGGGAGUGUGGAGUAUUCUUGGUCCAAUUGGUCCAUUGGGUGCUUUGGGUCCAUUAGGUCCAUUAGGUCCAAUGGGAAUUCACAACUAUCAGAGAAAUUCUGAUGGAGAUUAUAUUGAUGCUAAUGGAAAAAUUCAAACCACUUUAAAUGUUAAAUGGGAUGAAAAAACAAGUAUUCAAUGGCCAUUAUUUGAAGAUUAUACACGAGAUAGAGCCAUUCAACUUGGUAAACAAGGAAAAUUAGAUUCUAGCUUUAUGGUUUCUGCUGUUGGAUCAUUGACUCCUGAUGUCUAUACCAUUACUGUUACUGAACCUCAAUAUGUGACUGUUUUGACAGCUCCAUCCAUCUAUGCCAAGAACUUUUUAAUGACUGUGAAAGAAAAGAAGUCAAAGCAAAUCAUUGCUAAAACUGGUAGUUCUGUAUAUUUUACACCUUGGCUUCAAUUCUUUGUAGAACCAUCGAGUUUGGCAAAUGGUCCAUUGCAAUUUGAAAUUAGUGUUGCUGUUGAUCCAUUGGAUUGUGGAUUGGCAUCUGUUUUUGAAUGUUUUAUGGAAUAUUAUUUGUAUGUGGUUGGAAGUACCAAACAAAUGUUGAGAAAACCAUCCAUUGCAUAUAGUGGACCAUACAUCAACAAGUCAUGUUAA